AACCAAGAUGGCUGCGCCCGUAACAAUUUUUCUCGCCAGAGCUGAUUCAGAAUCAUGGACGAUUUUUUGACGGUUCUAAAGACAAGAUGGGUCUCGGAUUGAAAACGUUCGGAUUACUGUUAUGGACGGUGGCCCUUUCUGUCGUAGGGAUCACCCUGUUCACCAAGGGUUUUCUCCUAAACCGCCUGGAAGUCCCCGUGAAGAGCUCGUGCGAGGAGUCGCCCAUCGAAGGGGGAGGGGCGGGCGAAGAAGAGGGAGAAACGCAAAAGAAGGGCUGCUGGGCGAACCGCCACUUCAAAAAAGCCAUCAUCCUAAUCGUCGACGCGCUGAGGUACGACUUCGCGACGUAUAACACCUCUCUGGCGCCCGGAGUCGCCCUGCCUUUUCAGAACAAGUUACCCGUCCUGCACGAGCUCCUGACGUCUCGCCCGGAGAGCGCCGCGCUCUUCAAGUUCCUGGCCGACCCUCCCACCACCACCAUGCAGCGGUUGAAGGGCCUGACCACCGGCAGCCUCCCCACCUUCAUCGACGUCAGCAGCAACUUCGCCAGCUCCGAGGUGACGGAGGACAACGUCAUCCACCAGCUGGCCGGAGGAGACAGGAAAGUCAUCUUCAUGGGCGACGAUACCUGGACAGGCCUGUACCCCAAACACUUUCACAAGGUGUAUCCCUUCCCCUCCUUCAACGUUAAAGACCUUCACACAGUGGACAACGGCGUCAUGGAACACCUGGUACCGGAGAUGGAGAAGGAGGAGGGGGAAUGGGAUGUUCUGAUAGGUCACUUCCUGGGGGUGGACCAUGUGGGUCACAGGUUCGGACCCUACCAUCCCGCCAUGGGGGAGAAACUUACACAGAUGGAUGGGGUCAUCAGGUCUGUAGUGUCCAAGCUGACAGAGGACACAGUGCUGUUUGUGAUGGGGGACCACGGCAUGACCAGGACUGGAGAUCACGGUGGAGACAGCACAGACGAGGUGGGAGCAGCUCUCUUCAUGUACAGUCCCGCCAAACUUCUCCAGGGGGCGUUACACCAACAGGAGGACCAAGCUGUGUCGCAGAUCGACUUUGUGCCAACUUUGUCUCUCCUCCUGGGUCUUCCCAUCCCCUUCUCCAACCUGGGCAUGGUCAUCCCUCAACUCUUCCUCGCCUUCUCUACUACCAAAAACCAAACAAACACAGACUGGGCACAAAACAUCACAGGAGUUGAAGCCUUGAGAAUAAACGCAUUCCAGAUCAAAAAGUAUCUGGAGGUAUAUGCAAGAUUGGGCGAAGACCUACCCAAGGAUGUGGUCAGUAAAUUACAAAAACAGCUCACAGAAAUUGACAACGCAUAUCAAACAGCGAUAAAUGGAGAAGCAUCCAUAGACGAUGCUCUAGCAGCUCUGAAGAGAGCAAAGGAAGGAUACAUCAAGUACAUAUCAGAAGUGAAAGAAAUGUGUCGUAAGGUGUGGGCCAAAUUUGACAUGGUUUCAAUGGUAUGUGGUUUUUCUGUUUUGUGCAUAGCCUGUAUAGCAAGUGUUUGUAUAACUAUGCAGUCACACGACAGGAGAGUUGUAUAUACCGGUAAUCUGGAAGCCCAGCUGUCAGGCAUAGCUGUUGGUGUGGGGCUAGGCUUCAUCUUUGGCAUAGUCUCAGAGAUUUGCCUCACCGGUACAAUAACAACGUCGUCGCUGGCCCCUUUCAUGUUACCGUGCCUGGGCAGCUUCAUUGGCUACAUGUCCCCAGCAUGGUCCAACAAGUCCUCAAAACAAACAUCAAAGGUCCUAGAGCUGUGGAGAACGCUGAGAAAACAGCCCAUUGACUGGAUAGUGGCCACUUCGCUGGUCGGGUGGAACGCCUGUGGCCUGGGAGCUAACAGUUUCCUGAUCAAUGAGGACACCAUCACAGCAUUUCUCCUGCAGUCUCUGGUGUGGAGUCUACUCGUGGCUGCAAACUUCAACAGGCAAAGUGUGCCCAGUAAGGAGCAGACCCAGAAGAGGGCUCGGGUGGAGAAGAGUUUCGACAUUGGAAGAUACAUCACGAGACCGAGUCUCCUGCUGCUGUUUGUUGUGGUGGUGUUUAGCGUCUGCGUCAGGUUGUCCAUGUUCUUCCGUGCCUGUCGGGAAGAGCAGUGGUGGUGUGAGACCCCGCACUUCCUGAAGUCACUGUCGACUAUUGAAGGGGGGCACAAAAAUGCUCGCUACUUCUUUGCGGCCGCGUGCAUGGCGCUCAUUCCCGUGAGCCUGCGCCUGUUCAUGAGCAAGAGCGGAAACAUGGACAGCGUGACGCCGACGGUACUGAACGUGAAGUACGCCCUACCGGUGGCGGCAGUGUGCACGUCGCUGUACUGGGCCAUGCAGGCACUGCCGCAGCGUGUGUUGGACAACCUCCCCGCCUGGGAGCAGGUCAUCCUCCCCCGAGUCGUGUACGUCAUCAUCUUCAGCUCCUUUGUCUCCCUCAUCUGGAAGCCGCUCUGUCUCCUCCUGCAGAUCGACAGGAACUACUACGGGCCCGACAGAACGCUCCAGAACGGAGGCCGAGACAGCAGGCACCUCUCCAAACUCUACAACCAGGUCAAGGGCCGGGGAACAACCCUCCCGCCGAGAAACGGGAACCCGGCAAAGGAGGAGUGGGAUGGGGGCGAUGCCACGAAACGCAUCCCUGCGGUGUACGGACUCGCCACUGUGUACUCGGCUGCGUCCCUGGUCACCACAGUGACGUGCAGCCAGCUGCUGGCCCUGUUGUUAGGUGACGGGCUGGCCCCAGCUGUGCUGCUGUUACUGGUGCAGAUGGGGCUGUACCUGGAGUUCCACGCUGCUGUUAAGAGAACCCAGGCUAGGAAGGAAGGCCUCAGCCAACCAGGCUCAACAACAGUGCUAUCCCAGGUGCCCUGGCCAGUAGUGGUUGGGUGGGGACUGAUGACCAGUCAGUACUUCUUCUACACCGGCCACCAGGCAGCCAUACCGACCAUCCGCUUUGAGUCAGCAUUCACAGGGUUCUAUGGAGACUUCGACAACAACCUUGUCCCGGCCGUGCUGAUUGGCUUGAACACGUUUGCCUCUCAGGUGCUGUUUACAGUGUCGCUGCCCCUGCUGCUGGUCUGGCCGUUCUGCCGAGGGAAGUGGAUGGACAAGAAGCUGGCAGCCAGUCACCAUGGUAACCAGGAGGUUCUGGAUGAGCUGCAGAAGGGAGAGUUUGUUCUGCACGAGCACCCGGUGGAGUACCGCCUCAACAGCCUCCGACUCUACAGCAUGUACCUCUUAUUCAACCUCAUCAAGCUGGGAGGCACCAUGGUGACGGCCGGGUACCUGCGUAACCACCUGAUGGUGUGGAACAUCUUUGCUCCGCGGUACGUGUUUGAGGGCGUGUCCUUCAUGGUGGUCUGCAUCACGAUGCUCCUGUCCUACCUGCUCCUGCUGCGUGUGGACGACUCCCUGGCAGCCUGGGUGGGGAAGCUCAGGGACUAUUGUAAGACACAGUAGGGAAAAUAUUUGACACAUCGUAUGGUGUACAGGGCAGUGCCUAGCCUGUGUUACACACAAUCUCUCACUGUUGGGCUAAUCAAGCCUCUUCCCUGGCUUCCAUCUUCCUUGGGGGUUAUGGACAGUAAGAUUUGGCAAAAAUAGAAUCAAUAAUUGGCCAGGGGAGUCAAUCAAAUCGCUGUGUACAUAUACACAGUUCUAAGUAUGACAAAGGGACAAUGCAUAACAAAGCCAAUGCGUUUUCAGGGUAGCAAAACAAAACAUAUUCUGAAUUAGAAAAUCUUUAUGAUAAUGACAUUUUGCCUUUUCUUAGCACAUUUUGUCAUCUUUUUGCAUUUGAAACAGCCCAGAAACAAGCUACAUGAGGAGCCCCAUUAUUUUUUGUUACCACCAAUA